GCCACAGCCAAGGGCCCAGGUCGAGGUCGCCGCGUGGCAGAUCCCCGUGGCUCGGGUGGCCUGUCGCCGGCUCUGCAGGGCUCUCAGGCCCAGGACGAGCUCCCUGACUGGUGCUCUGUGUCUCUCUGCAGAGGUGAAGCUGGUGGGUCUGGAGGGCUCCGACAAGCUCUCCAUCCUCCGAGGCUGCCCGGGGCUGCCAGGACCCGCAGGGCCCAAAGGAGAGGCAGGCGCCAAUGGACAGAAGGGAGAGCGAGGUUCUCCCGGAGUCCCUGGGAAGGCAGGGCCGGCCGGGCCCAAAGGAGACCGAGGGGAAAAGGGCGCAGGCGGAGAGAAAGGAGAGCCGGGGCAGCUUCAUUCCUGUGCCACAGGACCUCGGACCUGUAAGGAGCUGCUCACCAGGGGACACUUUCUGAGCGGCUGGCACACCAUCUACCUGCCCGACUGCCGGCCCCUGACCGUGCUGUGUGACAUGGACGUGGACGGCGGGGGGUGGACCGUUUUCCAGCGAAGGAGCGACGGCUCUGUGGACUUCUACCGGGACUGGGCCGCGUACAAGCAGGGCUUCGGCAGCCAGCUGGGGGAGUUCUGGCUGGGGAAUGACAACAUCCACGCCCUGACCGCCCAGGGCAGAGGGUCCCUUCUGCUGGGCCCUGAGCACCCACCUCCAACAGGAAGCAGCGAGCUACGGGUAGACCUCGUGGACUUUGAGGGCAACCACCAAUUUGCCAAGUACCAGUCAUUCAAGAUGGCGGGUGAGGCAGAGAAGUACAAGCUGGUCCUGGGAGCCUUUGUCGGGGGCAGUGCAGGUGAUUCCCUGACGUCCCACAACGACAACGCCUUCUCCACCAAAGAUCAAGACAGCGACAAAAAUACUGCCAAUUGUGCUGUGCAGUACCAGGGGGCCUGGUGGUACAAGGAUUGUCAUGUGUCAAACCUGAACGGUCGCUACCUUGGGGGGCCCCACGAGAGCUUUGCAAACGGCAUCAACUGGAGGUCAGGGAAGGGGUACAACUACAGCUACAAGGUGUCGGAGAUGAAGGUGCGGGCCACCUAGGGCGGGGCUGGCCGGCCAGAGCCUCUGGGAGCAGCUCCCUCUGCACACAGCCCGGCGGGGCAGCCGGUCCAGAGCCCUCCCCA